UGUUGCUCCUCCAAUCCCAGGAAGCGAAACACGCUCGGCACUUGAGUGAACUGUCGGAUCAAGAGGCAUGGAGAGCUACGUUAGUUUGGACCCAAAAACAAACCACAGACAAGUUAGCCGUCUUCAUUCCUGACAAAUAUCUAAACAGGAGAUAUACGUGAAGCUUGAUGGCAGAAUUCAUCGGCAGCGAAACGUAGCUGGACUACUACAUUGCAUAUGGUGGCUAACGAUCUACGUUUUGAUGAUGAACCUCAUGAUUAGGAAUAUUCACACGAUUUUUGAAGGGGCAGCGAGGAGGAUAAUAUCUCUGGAGUGAGUGAAGACCUCCCUCCUGAAGAAGUGUGAAACAUGCCCCUGCCAUUUGGCUUUAAACUCAAAAGAACUCGAAGGUAUACUGUUUCAAGCAAGAGCUGUCUCGUCACUCGGAUUCAGCUGCUCAAUGGAGAGUUUGUUGAGUUUACGCUUUCAGUGGAGAGCACCGGACAGGAAUGUUUGGAGGCAGUUGCUCAGAGACUCGAGUUAAGAGAGAUAACAUACUUCAGCUUGUGGUACUUCAACAAGCAGAACCAGCAGAGGUGGAUCGACCUAGAGAAGCCGCUGAAAAAGCAGCUGGACAAGUACGGGCUGGAGCCCACCGUUUACUUUGGAGUCGUGUUUUACAUACCCAGUGUCACCCAACUGCAACAGGAGAUCACAAGAUAUCAGUAUUACCUUCAGCUCAAGAAGGAUGUUUUGGAGGGCAGGAUCUCAUGCUCACUCGAUCAAGCUAUUCGUUUAGCUAGCCUGGCAGUGCAAGCCGAUUUUGGAGACUUCAACAGAUAUGAUUCUCAGGAGUUCCUUCAGAAGUUUGUCUUGUUUCCUAUUGACUGGAUCCAGGAUGAGAGAGUUCUGGAGGAGGCCACUCAGAAAGUGGCUCUUCUUUAUCAGUCCUUCAGGGGGUUAUCAGCCCCUGAGGCAGAGAUGUUGUACAUGCAAGAGGUGGAGAAAACGGAAGGGUAUGGGCAGGAAAGCUAUCAAGCUAAGGACAGCACAGGCACAGAUGUUUCCCUGGGAUCCUGCCUCGAAGGCAUCUUUGUUAAGCAUAAAAAUGGCAGGCCGCUUCUUCUAUUCAGGUGGAAUGAAAUUAACAACAUGAGUCACAACAGGUCUUUCUUUGCCCUGGAGCUCACCAACAGAGAGGAGAGUGUUCAGUUCCAGACCGACGACAUGGAAACCUCCAAAUAUGUGUGCCGGAUGUGUCUGGCCAGACUCAAGUUUUAUAAGAUUAACAAGAGUAGCCUCCAAAGCCAGCCCACGGUUGUCAAUCCAGUCAGACGGAGAUCGUCGACUAGAAUAUCUCUGCCAAAGCCACAGGGCUACAUGAUGCCGCCUCCACAAAUGCACUACAAUGGCCAUUUUACAGAGCCGUACACAUCAUCCCAAGAUAACCUGUAUAUGAACAAUCAGAAUGGUUAUUACUACCACUCCCAGACCAGCCUGGACUGCUCCCCUCUGGAAUACAGCAGCGGAGGGCGUUUACGUAACGGCAGCGUGUACAGCGCUCACAGCACCAGUUCUCUAACCAAUCCCCAGCACUACCUUCAGCCCUCACCCAUGUCCUCCAACCCCUCCAUCACCAGCGAUAUCACCAGGCCGGACUACAUCCCCUCUCACCGCCACAGCGCUCUGAUCCCACCCUCAUACCGUGCCACUCCUGAUUAUGAGACAGUGAUGCGUCAGAAGACCAGAGGAGGGAUGGUUUUGUCUCAGGAGCACCGGCGCCACUCAAUGAGAAACCUGAAUAUAGGAAACUCAUAUGCCUACAGCAGACCAGACCCUUUGGUGUACAGCCAGCCAGAGAUCAGAGGGGAGCAUGGUGGAGCAGCCCCACACCACCACUAUCCCUUCCAUCUGGGUUCCAGCUUUCACAGUCCCUCUCCAUACCCCUACCCUAUCGAGAGGAGGCCUGUGGUGGGGGCGGUGAGCGUCCCUGAGCUCACUAAUGUCCAGUUACAGCAGGCUCAGGAGUACCCAGCCCCAAACAUCAUGAGAACACAAGUAUACCGACCACCACCACCCUACCCUUACGCCCAUCCUCGGCCUGCUAACAGCACACCAGACCUGUCGCGUCACCUGUAUGUCAGCAGCAGCAACCCAGACCUGAUCAUCACCAGGCGUGUGCAUCACUCUGUUCAGACUUUCCAGGAGGACAGCCUUCCUGUAGCCCACUCUUUACAGGAGGUAUCUGAACCCCUUUUCAGCGGACCCCCACCCAGACACCCAUACCAUGCUCAGAAACGUAACUCAAUUGAGAUUGCAGGAUUAGCUCAAAGUCUCGAGGGGAUGAGGGUCAAAGAGCGGACUUUAUCUUCUUCUGCAGUUGAAUCUGCCACGCCUCCACCUGUUUUGCGUGGUGGCCCCUCUCAAGGCUCUCAGCUCAACGUGUUUCUGGAACGUGCCAAAACAGAGGACAGGGCUGGCAUUAAGGAGAACUUACAGUACGGACACAAAAAGUCCCUCUCAGAUGCCACCAUGCUGGUUCACAGCAGCGGAGAGGAAGAGGAGUUUGAGGAGGACAACGGACGCCACACUCCACUUUCUCAGGGUGUGGCGGCGACUCUCUCCAAGCAGCUGCCCCAACCACAUCAGAGUCUGACAUCUCUGACCUCUCUGACCAAUCAGCAACAGACUCCCAUCGAACCGCCUCCUGCAUACCCCAUAGGCUCCUCUCUUGACCCCGCCAUCACCAGCUCCCUGUCCUACAAGGUGCACCCCUUGAUUCAGGAGGAUGAGCCCCUUUACCUGUUAUCAGAUUUAAGACAGCCUAGGAUUAUGCCCUCCGUCUCUGAGGGGGACCUGAGUGGGCAGGCCAAGCAGAAGACGAAGAAAGACUUCAAGAAGAGGCCUGUGUCUGAUGUGCCUGCUGGGAAGAAAACAGUGGAGGGACUGCCCCCACCGGGCAUGAGGAAAGGAGCCAGGUCAGAGGUAAAGAAGAUGGGCCCUCUGAAAGUGGCCCACCUCAACGGCCUUUCUGUGUCCAGGCAGCCAAUGUACGACGAGGUGAAGGAUGAGCCUGAACGUGCCUCUAAUGACGAGAGGUGUAAAGUUCUGGAGCAGCACAUGGAGCGGGGCGAGCUGUUGAAAGAGUAUGAGAGCAUCCCAAAGCGCCGUCUAUCAUGCGACUGCACCAUCGCCCAACAGCAAGAGAGCGCUGACAAAAACCGCUUCCAAGACGUCAUGCCUUACGACGACACCCGAGUAGAGCUGGUCCCCACUAAAGAGAACAACACCGGAUACAUCAAUGCAUCACAUGUCAGAAUAACAGUAAGUGGACAGGAGUGGAGCUACAUUGCCACGCAGGGUCCCAUGUCAAACACCUGUCAGGAUUUCUGGCAGAUGGUAUGGGAGCAGGGUGUCUCUAUCAUCGCCAUGGUAACUGCUGAGGAGGAGAGUGGUCGGGAGAAGAGCUUCAGGUAUUGGCCCCGGCUCGGCUCACGACACAACACAGUGACAUACGGUCGCUUUAAGAUCACCACGCGGUUCCGCACAGAGUCGGGCUGCUAUGCCACCACAGGGCUGAAGAUCAAACACCUCCUGACGGGCCAGGAGAGGACCGUGUGGCACCUGCAGUACACAGACUGGCCUGACCACGGCUGUCCCGAGGACUUCAAGGGCUUCCUCACCUACCUGGAAGAGAUCCAGUCUGUGAGGAGACACACUAACAGCAUCAGUGACCCAAAGAACACAAACCUACCUGUGCUGGUCCACUGCAGUGCUGGAGUGGGACGGACUGGGGUGGUCAUCCUCUCUGAGAUCAUGAUCGCCUGUCUGGAGCACAAUGAGGCACUCGAUGUGGAAAAAUUCCUGCGGAAGCUGCGUUCUCAGCGGAUGAUGAUGGUGCAGACCUUGUCUCAGUACACCUUCAUCUACCGGGUCCUCGUCGAAUACCUCCGUAACUCAAGACUCAUAUGAAUGCAAGUGUUUGUUCAGCUCAUUACUCAGUCAUUACAGAUGACGGUCGGAAGGAGUUUCCUGCAGGUUCACAGUAAACCGCAUGGGUUGUUCAGACAAACACGGCUGAAGGAAGUAUUUGUGGGUAUUUAAGAAUGAUGCCACAAGAAGGAGCAUGAAAAUUUAUCUUCCUCCAAACAGUAUUAUAUAUUAUUUUUACAGACAUUAUUGCUUGAUAAAAACUAGCACUUUUACUGUACUUUGCUGUACAUAAUGAACCAAUGUUAAGCUGCAUAAAAAAACAACACUUUUAUUGUAGGUUUGUAUCAAAAACAGUUGUAUUUUUAAUCGACAACGGUCACUUUUUAAAAGACUUUUGGAAUGCUGUUUGGGAAAGGUUGGUUCUGAGAAUAAUGAAGGAGUUUUCUAUGAGAAUGAAGGAAGUGGAAGUGGACUAAGUUGUGAAAAUAUCCGAUUGUCGCAUGAAGGUUUGGUUGCAGAGCCUAGAGUUCAGAAGGAUGUUAUAUUAUUUGAAACACUGGAUUGACGAGAUAGCACAAGUUCCAGAAUAGUAUCAUUGAGUUAAAAAUAUGAAUGACUAAGGAGGAUUUUGUUGGGAUUAAAACUGGAGAAGUCAUUCGAUACCUUUACUUUCCCUCACUUUGUUUGUAUAACUCAGAGGGCUAUCUUUGAGAGGAGGCGGUAUGAUUUAAAAUACUUUAUCAAGACCAAGUGCCUAAAUACCUGCAUAGUGAAGCUGAAAGGGCUGUGCAUUUUUGCAUCCUAUGAAGGAAGAUUUUCAGUCGUUUAUUGCUUCUUUGAUUGCAGUGAUUUGUGUUUCUUAAAGCCAAUCAAAACAUUUGACAUCAAUCCCUGCGUAAAGCACCAGGAUUGCAAACGAAUGUUAUCAUGAUAAAAGGUAGAAUCGAUUUAGACGUAUACAGUUGUGACAGUUUUAUUUUGUUUCAAGAAUUAGGAAAGGGGCAGUGUGACAGUAUUCACAUGUGCUGGCUGUGGUGCUUUGUGUGAAACAGGAGAAGUGGACAAACCGUCUUUACUUACUUCCACGCUUGUUUUCAAAUCCCUGAUGUUACAAACAGCCUCCUGACUAGAACUGAGCGCCUGCACAAUCAUGUUUGACUGGUCCCUGCACACUGUCUGUCUGUUUCCUGCUGCUGUUUGAGGUCAUUUUAAGGGCUAAUGAAGUUUCCCUUUGCAGACAUCAUGCUUACAGGCAUUGCAAAGUUUACAUGAAGGAACAUAUCUAUCAUUUAUUUAUAAUUUGGCCAAAGUAAAAUGUUGAUCCUCAUUUGUCUUACCCUGAAGUUUCUGUUGUUCGUUUCAGACGCAUGGGCCAGAGUUAACUGGAGAUAAAUCUGUCUUGACUGACGUUUGACUUAUUUUGACUGGAUCUUUUUAGAGGCCCGUAAGAAUUUGCUUCAGUGUUUGUUUUCGGUUUUUAAAAUGCUUAUUGAGUCUUAUUUUGAAGAAUGAAAAGAGUGACUUUUGUGGCCAAGUGUUUUUGUCCAUGUACAGGUAUGUUCAUAAUGUACACAGUGUAAAAUUUUGCUUUUAAUAAUAUUGGUUGUUGUACAAACGUAUGUAUAAACUUUAUCUAUUGAACAAAGAAAUGUUUUGCCAUUGGAAAAAAACGUGUAGAACUCUUCUCAGCCAAGAAUAAAUCAUUGGAAAUAAAUUGUUUUUCUAGCGAGUU